AUGGAUUCCUCGGUGGACGCCCAGGUACAUUUCCUGGAUGAACCAGUAGUGCUGGUGCACAUCCCCUUGGAGUUGUAUCCAUACUUUGUGAAAUCGGUCUUGAACCUGAUCUUUGAUGAGACUUCCCCGCUAGAGGGGCCAGAGUCCCAGGAUGAUGGCGUUUACAAAACGCCAGCCUUUAUGAAUAUCUCCAUCACGCCCGUCGAGGUCUCAGUCACAUGUCCCAGACGAUUGGUCGACAAGUAUUUUGUUCCCGUCAUAGACGAGCUGGGUCAGCUUGACACGGCCCUGCAAUCCCGUCUAGUCGUAAGCGAAAAGGAUUUUAUUGUCAUGCAAGUCUUGGGCGAAGGACUCGAGGCCGGCAGACGAGUCUUGGAAUUAACCAGUCCACUCGCACUGGCAGGGAUAUCCAUCUUCUUCAUCUCAACCUAUUUCUCGGACUACAUUGUGGUUCCAAUGCAAAGCAAAACCAAUGUGAUGACUGCCCUCGAAGCCAGGGGCUUCCAAUUCGACGACGCAACCGCAGCCUUCGUCAGUCCACUGAGUCCAUCCACCGAAAGACGGCUCAGCGAUCUCAUCCCACCCAGAACACCUCCGCCCUCCACCCUCGCUGAGCUGCAAACACGCACCUUUGAAACUCUCCGAAACCGCCAAAUCUCCCCAUCAGUCGAUCCAACGCUGCGCUUAGUCCAAUGUGCCGCUCAUCACGAAUAUCACAGCUCAGAGAGCUCCAUGUCUAUCCUCCGUGACGCCCUCACCACUGUCCUGGUCGUGGACAAUCCACGCUUUCUCUCCCUCACCCUAGCAUCGCUUGACCCCGCCGCUUCCCUCCUGUUGGAAAAGCGAUUACUACCCCGCUUUGCGCGCCACGGUGAGUACGAAGAUGGCUCGGGUCUUUUGCUAGGCUCGAAAGAAGACCAUCUGAUUCCGAUCACGCUGGACCUCCGCGAUCUUCCCCUCGAGGCAUCCGGUAUCGUCUGCGGUGUCGCAGGCCGACUAGCGGAAGCCGCUCGGCCCCUCUCGUCGAGCCCUAGCGCACUGAGUAGCGCCAGCAGUGUAACAGGGUCCGUGCCCCGACUGUUCGAUACGUUCGGCACGCGCCUGACGGACUCCACUCCCGCACACAAUCUGGCGCCGUUAAGCCACCUGCCAUCCAAUGUUGAGGGGGCGGUGGAGAUUAGUUUCCUGAGCACAGCGCGGGCGGGGACCAUUGUUGUUGGGGAGGAUGAGCUUGCGAGGGCUCUUGCUGAGCUGAAUACGGAAUAA